UUCGCGAAGUUAAGAAGUUUCUGUGCCCCAGUCGCCCCAGUACAAUGGAAAAAAUUGAUAAGGAAGAACUCCUUCGCUAUAUUGAUGAAUGCUUUGAUAAAAUUUCCGAUAAGAAUGAUAUUCUUGAGAUAAUUGCUAUGGAUGACAACAAUGAUCCAAUUAAAAGUACAAUUAGAGAUCGUCAACUGAAUUUAGACUACACUGGACUGUUUGGGUCACUGUUGAUGAAGGCGAGGCGUGCAGUGAGAUUGAUUGAUGCCAAUGAUCAACUUGUGGAAGUUCGCGUUAGGACAAAAAAGCACGAAACUUUCAUUACGCCGGAUAUCUACGUUACAUUCAUCACAGUUCAAAAUCCCAUUGAUAAAAUAUAA